AUGGCGAUGUCAGUGAGCAACAGUGCAAGGUUGGCACGGCAUCUUUUAAACUAUCGAGUCGUUGAGAUGAUUUGGAUGGCUGGAUUUGUCGGUGAUGGUGAUGGCGAUGGAUGA